AUGGCCCGUAGAAUAUCUGUCUACGACAAGGAAUGGUUGGAGAAGAAGUGGAUGAGGCCUGAUUAUGAGGUGUGGUUGAAGGGCGGGAUCGAUUGGGUGAGAGGGAUGACUGCAGGCUUGAGUGCCCAGAGGUACGAGAUGGGGGUGCUCACGGCUGAUGGAAAGUUCAGAGAUGGCGAGUAAAGACGACAUGGGGUCGCCGAGUCACUAUGCCUGGACUGGCUGAUGGAUAGGGGACUGACUGGACACAG